AUGCCAGAUGAUCAAUAUACUGCGUCAAUUAAUUCUUAUGAACCUUCUCUUAGAACCACCAAAGCACUUAUUAACCAAGAACCAACACCAAUUACCACAUCAAUUAACCUUUACGAAACUAUUAUUUCGGAUUUCGUAACCUCACACACUUAUAAUCAUAUCACUACUAUUCCUUCUUUCGGAACUACUGAUGCAUUCGUUGGCCAAGAGCAAACGUUAUAUGAUCAAAAUACCGC